CAGCAUCCAGCGCUGCAGGCUCCGGGCUAUGGACGCCCCGGGUGCUCCGGUCCCAGCCGCCGCCCCCAGGUCGGCGAAGGAGCUGAAGAUAGUGAUCGUAGGUGACGGCGGCUGCGGCAAGACGUCCUUGCUAAUGGUGUACUGCCAAGGCUCAUUUCCCGAGCACUACGCCCCGUCGGUGUUUGAGAAGUACAAGGCUAGUGUGACAGUGGGUAACAAGGAGGUGACCCUGAACCUCUACGACACGGCUGGGCAGGAAGACUACGAUCGGCUGCGGCCCCUGUCUUACCAGAACACACACCUCGUCCUCAUCUGCUACGAUGUCAUGAACCCCACCAGUUACGACAACGUCCUCAUCAAGUGGUUCCCCGAAAUCACACAUUUCUGCCGAGGGAUCCCCACAGUGCUCAUUGGCUGCAAGACAGACCUGAGGAAGGACAAGGAGCAGUUGCGGAAGCUCCGGGCAGACAGGCUGGAACCAAUUAGCUACACACAGGGCCUGAAUGCCUGUGAACAGAUUCGAGGGGCACUCUAUCUGGAAUGUUCUGCCAAGUUUCGAGAGAACGUGGAAGACGUCUUCAGGGAAUCUGCCAAGGUGGCCCUCAGUGCCCUGAAGAAAGCACAGAAACAGAAAAAACACAGGGUCUGCCUGCUGCUGUGACCCUGGGGACAGAGGGCCUGCUUGGAACUAUUAUAGCCAGGGACCCAGGCCCAGGUUCCUCUUACAGUGUCUGGCAUCUGGGGCUAGACUCUCAGAACAUUCUGGAAUGGCCCCUUUGGGAUUCAGGCUGUAGUGCACUAGUGAAUGAGAGUGCCAGACCCACCAAUGUUCCUCUACACCGAGACUGGCACUUGUCCCAGGCCACAGGAGGGCCCUUGUCACAGCUCCUCUUUGCCCCCAUCCAUGCGUGUCUCUCCCUUUCCAAACCCAAUUCAUGCCUGAAACUCAGAACUGGCACCAGGAAUUGUGGGUAGGCAUGGAUACGCAACGCUGUCCACGAGAGUCCCAAGCACACUGUUUUCUGUCACGGUCUCCCUGAGCUCCUGAGAUAGGCUCGGCUACAUCCUCCAGCCCCUUCCUGCUUCCCCUCAGGAACCUGGAGACCACAGCCUAUCAGGAGAACACAGGCAUCAAGCCGGAUGUGGGUCUGGUACCAGCUUCUCCCUCCCUACCACACCGAGGACUUCUGUCUCGGGCUUGGUCACAGCCUGAGACGUAUGUUCAGAGGGAGAAGAAACAAUCUCUCAAAAUGUCAAAAUAUACUCAGGCCAGCCAGCCCAUCCAUCUGACCCCUGCUCCACAUCUGACCUCCAACUCCCCAGCCGACUUCUACUGGAAACUCCUGAUGGUCGGGCUCAUCCCACCAUUAGGGACCGCCAGCAAAUGGGGCUCUCUCCCUAGACUAUGGCCCACCUGAAAAUGGGUCAUCAGUCAAGCUCCUCACCAGUCCACUCACUUUCUGCUUCUACUGGAGGUAGAGCUCAGGAGUGGCCUACCUCUGCCUCACUCCAAAACUGACAUGGCCACCCCUGGCCACGCUGGACAAUUUCUCAGAACUAGCCUGCUGACUGUCUCCGACAGCCAAAGUCUUGAGUCCUGACCCUCUUCCUGGACGGUCUAGAGUCUGCCUUUCAGAACUGUUCAAGCCCGGUAUACCAGGUAGGUUUAGUGCCUCCAAGAUGAAAGGCACGGUCCGAGAAGAAACCAUGGCCUUGGCUGGCCCCUGACCCCAGCGCCACUUGACUUGGUCCCCUUCCCCAAAUGCUCCAAGGCUCUGCUGUCCCCUGCGGAGCCAACCAAGGACCUCUUGUCCUCUCAGAAUCCAGCGGUCAGCAACCCACAGCCUGUGGGCCACAUGUGGCCGGCUGCUUGGUUUUGUAAAUAAAGUUUUAUUGAACAGCCACAAUCAUGUGAUGGCAGUUUUUGCUCUACAACUGCAGGCUCAAGCUGCCACAGGACUAGCCCACAAAGCCCAAGAUACUCAUCUUCUGGGCUUUUAAGGGGAGAUCUUUGCUGGCUCCUAAUCUGCCACAAUCCCAGGUACCUGCAAAGGACAGGCCAGGUGAUCUGGGGACAGGAGACCAAGGGCAGAAAUAGGGCAGGCAUGAAGGGAGGGGCGGGCUGUGGCAAACAGGGGCACGUGCCUGCUCUUGCCUUUUGGGAAUUUGCCAGGCCUUCUUAGUUUUUGUAAGGUAAACAGAAAUCUGGAUUCUUAUGUCGAAUCGCACCACGGAGGAGGCAAGGUCUCAUUAAGUCCUGUGAGGACCGAAUGAAACGUGUCUGAGGCCACCAGCCGUGACGUCGCGUCUGUUUGGGACACAACACUCAAUCUGGAACUGUUUGCCCCUCUACUCUUUCUGCUGCCUGGACCUCACAGGGUCACACCCUGGCCUGAGCCCACUGAAACCCUUCCACUUCUCCCCUUCCUGAGCGCAAACAAGAACCUCUGAGAUGAAGAGAGGAAGGGGAUGGGUGACCUCCGAAUGGCUGAAGUUCCAGUCGCAAGGAGGGUCUGGCUCCUAGGCCAAGUUCUCUCAGCAAGUCUGUGAAGGUGGCUGGAGGGUGCCGGAACUCUGACAACCCAGAGGCUGGGCGCCCUCUGGUGGAGGCUGUCCUUAACACCCUGCCACAUGGAGGUCCCAAGGAGGUUGGCUGCAUCACUUUCCCCGCAGUGGUCAGAGGGAGACCAUGAGGCAAGAGACCGCGAGGCAAGAGACCAGACAGUUUGGCGUGGACGACUUUGAGUGUGGUCAGGAAAUUGCCCAGGAAGAGGAUGAGGAAGGUGAGAGCCAGCACGAAUACCUG